CUAAAGGCACCACCUUCCAUGGUCAGUAAUGAACAACGCCAGCAUGCAGAGCACAUAUUCCUAUCAUUUAGGAAAUCCAAAUCACCAUUUGCAGUUUGCAGGCAUAUUUUGGUUCUUCAUGCUUUGGAAGUAACAGUUGAAGAGAGGUGAGGAAAGUUUGUGAAAAUUGUGAUCGGUGAUUAGCUGCCACCUGCCUGAGGUGUCUUCUGAGAGGAACUAACCUCUUUGUGGUGCUAGAGCAAGGUCACUGGAUUAAAAACAGAACAGAAACCAGUAAAGUGGACUAUGUCCUUUUUCAAGCGGCCACAGCCAUAAUGGAAGCGGUUGUCCGAGAGUGGGUUCUCUUGGAAAAAGGCAGCAUCGAGUCUCUGAGAACAUUCCUCCUAACCUAUGUCUUGCAAAGGCCUAACCUCCAAAAGUAUGUUCGGGAACAGAUUCUAUUAGCAGUAGCAGUAAUUGUAAAACGAGGAUCAUUGGAUAAGUCAAUUGACUGCAAAAGCAUUUUUCAUGAAGUCAGCCAAUUGAUAAGUAGUGGCAAUCCCACUGUGCAAACUCUGGCCUGUUCUAUUCUGACUGCACUGUUGAGUGAGUUCUCAAGUUCAAGUAAAACUAGCAACAUUGGACUGAGUAUGGAAUUCCACGGGAACUGCAAACGAGUUUUUCAGGAAGAAGACCUUCGCCAAAUCUUCAUGUUAACAGUUGGAGUUCUGCAGGAGUUCAGCAGGCGGGAGAACCUCAGUGCUCAGAUGUCCUCAGUGUUUCAGCGGUACCUUGCACUAGCCAACCAAGUCCUGAGCUGGAAUUUUCUCCCUCCAAAUUUGGGCAGACAUUAUAUAGCUAUGUUCGAAUCCUCACAAAAUGUGCUGUUGAAGCCAACAGAGUCCUGGCGGGAGACUCUUCUGGACAGCAGAGUUAUGGAACUUUUCUUCACAGUACAUCGAAAAAUCCGAGAAGAUUCAGAUAUGGCACAGGAUUCUCUGCAGUGCCUUGCCCAGUUAGCGUCUCUGCAUGGACCCAUCUUCCCCGAUGAAGGAUCCCAGGUUGAUUAUCUAGCACACUUCAUUGAGGGAUUGCUGAACACUAUCAAUGGAAUUGAAAUAGAAGAUUCUGAAGCUGUGGGAAUCUCCAGCAUAAUCAGCAAUCUGAUAACUGUGUUCCCUCGGAAUGUUUUAACUGCCAUCCCCAGCGAACUUUUCUCCUCCUUCGUUAACUGCCUCACACAUCUCACUUGUUCUUUUGGGCGAAGUGCUGCGUUGGAAGAAGUGCUUGAUAAGGAUGAUAUGGUAUACAUGGAAGCAUAUGAUAAAUUGCUGGAGUCCUGGCUAACUUUGGUCCAAGAUGACAAGCAUUUCCAUAAAGGCUUUUUUACUCAGCACGCGGUUCAAGUUUUCAAUUCCUAUAUUCAGUGCCACCUUGCUGCUCCAGAUGGCACAAGGAAUUUGACUGCCAAUGGUGUGGCCUCUCGUGAGGAAGAAGAAAUAAGUGAACUUCAAGAAGAUGAUCGAGAUCAGUUUUCUGAUCAACUGGCCAGUGUAGGAAUGCUAGGAAGAAUUGCUGCCGAACACUGUAUGCCUCUUCUGACAAGUUUAUUAGAAGAAAGGGUAACAAGACUCCAUGGUCAGUUACAACGACAUCAGCAACAAUUACUUGCUUCCCCUGGAUCAAGCACCGUUGACAACAAAAUGCUUGAUGAUCUCUACGAAGAUAUUCACUGGCUUAUUUUAGUUACAGGCUACCUCUUAGCUGAUGAUACUCAGGGAGAGACUCCGCUAAUACCUCCAGAAAUAAUGGAAUAUUCCAUUAAGCAUUCAUCUGAAGUUGACAUUAAUACAACACUUCAAAUUUUGGGAUCUCCAGGAGAAAAGGCUUCUUCCAUCCCAGGGUACAGCAGAACAGAUUCUGUGAUUAGGCUGUUGUCUGCUGUGCUAAGAGUCUCAGAAGUUGAAUCUCGAGCAAUAAGAGCAGAUCUCACUCAUCUACUAAGCCCUCAAAUGGGCAAAGAUAUUGUUUGGUUUCUAAAACGCUGGGCCAAGACUUAUCUCCUGGUAGAUGAAAAACUAUAUGAUCAGAUAAGUUUGCCAUUGAGCACAGCCUUUGGAGCAGAUACAGAGGGCUCCCAGUGGAUCAUUGGCUACCUCUUACAGAAAGUCAUCAGCAAUCUGUCAGUCUGGAGUAGUGAGCAGGACCUUGCGAAUGACACUGUACAGCUCCUUGUCACAUUGGUUGAAAGAAGAGAAAGGGCAAACUUAGUAAUUCAGUGUGAAAACUGGUGGAACCUAGCGAAGCAGUUUGCAAGCCGAAGCCCACCUCUUAAUUUCCUAUCGAGCCCAGUACAGAGGACACUGAUGAAGGCCCUGGUUUUAGGAGGUUUUGCACAUAUGGACACAGAAACCAAGCAGCAGUAUUGGACGGAGGUUCUUCAGCCUCUCCAGCAGCGGUUCCUGAGAGUGAUAAACCAAGAGAACUUUCCGCAGCUGUGUCAGCAGGAGGAAGUCAAGCAGGAGAUCACUGCCACGCUGGAGGCCCUGUGUGGCAUUGCUGAGGCCACACAGAUCGACAACGUAGCCAUUCUUUUUAAUUUUUUAAUGGACUUCCUUAACAAUUGCAUUGGGUUGAUGGAAGUUUACAAAAAUACUCCAGAAACUGUCAAUCUCAUUAUAGAAGUUUUUGUUGAAGUUGCACAUAAACAAAUAUGCUAUCUUGGAGAGUCCAAAGCUAUGCAUUUAUAUGAAGCCUGCCUUACUUUGUUACAAGUGUAUUCUAAGAAUAAUCUAGGGCGGCAAAGGAUAGAUGUCACAGCAGAAGAAGAGCAGUACCAGGAUCUGCUUCUCAUUAUGGAGCUUCUUACUAACCUUCUCUCCAAGGAGUUCAUAGAUUUCAGCGACACAGAUGAAGUAUUUAGAGGACAUGAGCCAGGACAAGCAGCAGGCAGAUCUGUAUCGGCAGCUGAUGUCGUUUUAUAUGGAGUAAACCUAAUUCUGCCCUUAAUGUCACAAGAUCUUUUGAAGUUUCCAACCCUUUGUAAUCAAUACUACAAGUUGAUCACAUUUAUUUGUGAGAUUUUUCCUGAAAAAAUACCCCAGCUUCCUGAGGAUCUGUUUAAGAGUCUGAUGUAUUCCCUGGAACUAGGAAUGACAUCAAUGAGUUCAGAAGUGUGCCAGCUCUGCCUCGAGGCCUUGACACCAUUAGCCGAACAAUGUGCUAAAGCACAAGAAACAGAUUCACCUCUUUUUCUAGCAACUCGGCACUUCCUUAAGCUGGUUUUUGAUAUGCUGGUAUUGCAGAAGCACAACACAGAGAUGACUACUGCAGCUGGAGAAGCAUUCUACACGUUGGUUUGUUUGCACCAGGCUGAGUAUUCUGAACUGGUCGAGACAUUACUGUCAAGUCAGCAAGACCCAAUCAUUUACCAGAGAUUAGCAGAUGCCUUCAACAAGCUCACUGCAAGCAGCACUCCUCCUACCCUGGACCGGAAGCAGAAGAUGGCCUUCCUAAAGAGUUUAGAAGAAUUUAUGGCAAAUGUUGGUGGUCUCCUUUGUGUAAAAUAAACAACAGAGCUAUAUUCUUAACUUAGAUCCUUUCUGCAAAGUGCACUGAAUUGCUGAAAGUUGACUUGAGUCUUGGCCUGUUCCUCAGUUCAUUUGACCAUUGGGAUUUUGGAGAGUCUGAGACUUCGAUGUGGAAUUUGGUGAAACGGGAGAAGUCAACUUAAAAUCAGCUUCUGUUAUUAGGUGUUAGCCAUGAUCUGCCAUAUACUUGUUUUCUAGAUUCUGAAUGGUGAUUGAAAAUUUUAAAAUGCAAUUCCAUAUAUGUGCAAACAGAUAUGGGCACCAUGAAAUUCAUAUUCAGUGCCUUUUGCCCUUUUAUCAAAGCAUGGGUGACUAGCCAAAGGUGGUAUGUUCUUGGCAUUAUUUUUCAAAUGUCCAUAGAUUCCCUUCAUCACUUGGGGAGCUGGUUAUAGAAGUAGACACGUGGACCCUGCUGUGCAUCGGCAGAAUAUUGGUUGUUGGGCCCUGGACUCUCCAUUUUAAUAAGCUCCUCCCCUUCGUUAUCCUAAACGUUUUGAAUCAAUGCAAGAGAUAGUGAAAACUUGUAAGAGAUUUUGUGCUUUCCAACUCUUCCUCCCUUCAGUGAUUCUAAUUAUGCAGGAAGAAAAAAUCAUCAUUGGUUAGUUUCAUAGUUCAUCUUCUCCCUCUUCCUCACCUUCCUUCCCUUCCGUCCUCAGCGUUGCAAGUUUUGUGUAAUUAUUGCAGGUUUCUAAUCAGACUGUGAUGCCUGAACUUGAGGAAAAUACGUGUAUAUUUUUGUUCCGUAAAGUUAACUUUAGGAACUGUAGCCAUUUCAUUGCCUUAAUUUUAAGAGGAAAAGACAAACCAGAUUUGUUUUAGAGAGAAAUUAGUCUUGACACUUAAGAGUUGGCUUAAGGUAUUAGCUGCUAAGACCCUCUUGCCCCUUUGAUUAUGUAUUUAUGUGAGUUUCCCAGUGAAAUGAAAGGAGCAUCCCCGUGUGGUUACCUCUCUGUGUCUCUGUCCAGCCACACAGCCCGUAUCUACUCUGAAUGCUUGCUUAAGCAAUAACUUUAAUGGAUGUGAAUUACCAGUUCACACAGACUAUUGCACAUUGGGGCAUUAGGGGCAAUAAUUAUGCUAAAGUGGGUGUUAUCCUCAAUGUCAGGAGGAUACUAAUUAGGAGCCACACUAAUUCAGUUUCAGAGACUAAAAAUUUAACUUUAGCCAGGCCUGGUGGUGAAUGCCAGGCUAGUCUGGGUUACAAAGUAUGAUCUGUCCUUUAAAAAAAGAAAAAGAAAAAUUCACUUUAGGUCCUCUGGCUUUUCUAAUCAAUAUUUUUAUACUGCUACUGUGCUCCACUUAAUUUUGAGUGCCAGUUUUAAUUGUGAAAAUGAAAGCGCAUUUAUAAACAGUAGUUCUCUCAAACUGUCCACUGCAGGACAAGUCACCCAGUGCAGUGGCAGUAAGAGGCCUCUGGCCAGGUGCAUCUGAGACUGCCGUGGAGGGGCAGGCUCCUCUGCUGUUCUUGAGGCCUCUCUGCUAAACCAUCCAGCGGGUACUGCCCUACCUGAAGUGCACGGUGUGUGCAUCUUAACACCUGAUGCUCUGGAGACUUUGUGUAACUCUGUUAAUGGAGCAUCCUGUCCCUGUGAUGGUAGGUGUGUGUGGAUGCAAAACAGGGCCGUGACUUUUGGAGAAUCUUUCUUCUAAAUUGAUCACCAUUUAGUAACAGUAAGUAUGGAGAGAGAAAAAAAAAAUCUCUAAAUACUACAAAGAAGAAAAACAAUAUCAUUCUCUAGCUAUAUAUUUUGUAUUUUAAAUACUUGGAAAGGAGUGCUUUUAGAUUUUUUUUCUCUUAAUUUGAAGUGAUCUGCAGCAGUAAUCACUCUGUUUUGUGUUGUUCUUGACGUCUGUGUUUCCUCAGCAGGUGUGGUUUGUGUGUACCGUGUGUGUGAUAGAUAUGGGCCUUUUGCCAAAAGGCACUAAGAUACAACUGAAUAGAUGGGUCACUGGCCCUGACAAAGCAGUUGUCAAGUUCAAGUAGAGAUGGGUAGGAAAGGAUGCUUUGGUAAGUAAAAAGGCAUCUGUGUAUAACUUCUAUACAGACAGAACUAUAUUUAUUAAAUUGCCCAGAUCCUAGUAUGAUACUCCAAUUCUAUUACACCACUUUUAAUUGAAGGAAGACUUAUUUUAGAUUGGACCAAAUAAUGUUUAAAUGAUCACCAGAAUGUUGAUUAGUGGCCAACUGAGGGUGAAAGACCACCAUAUUUCAGAUAAUGGGAUUGCCACUUAAUCGUACCAACUAGACUUUUCAGAGCGUGUGUGCAUUUGUUUGCUUUAUUGAGUAUUUGUUUCUGUUUGGUCUUUUAUUUUGCCUGGUUUUGUUUUUUAACUUUGUGAACUUCUGAACUUCAUUACUGUUCUACUUUCUUCUUGAUACUCUUGACCCAGUAGGUAUUGAGGCCACGGGCUUCAUGGUCAUGAACUAGUUUUUCCAAUUCAAAUUGACUGUUGUUGAAAAAUAUUUUUAAAAGAAAAAAUCAUUUGUGCCCUUUUAAAAAUAUAUGUUAAAGGUACACUGUAUAAAGUAUUUGAUUUUUUCAUCUUUUAUGUUAAAUUUCAUUUGUUCAUAGAGUAUCUUUUAACCUCUAUUUUUCCAUAUUUUUGUUCAUGUUGCCUCAUUUUAUGCUUCUUGACCAUUUUUUCCCCAGGGCACAAUCACUAAUCACAGAGUCACUAGGGAGGUUGUAUGCUAACAGUGGUGCUGCUGUAACAACUCCUAAACUGUGCUCUUGUUGGCCUCUCCAAAGGGUACUUUGAUUGAUGUCUUUGUUUGGGUUGGUGUAUUGGACAGUGUCCUUUCUAACACAGUAGUUGAGUCUUAUUCUGGUGGAAGACUGUUAGGUCAACAUGACUGUAUUGUUUUUGUCUGAUACAAAUGACAUUUUGUGUAAACUUUGUAAGCUUUUCCUCAAAUUUAAGAACUUCAAAUUUAUUUUAUGGAAAAAUAUCUAAUGAAGAUCAGAUACUCUGUCACAAUUUUUCCUUAAAAACCGAGCCGGGCGGUGGUGGUGCACACCUUUAAUCCCAGCACUCGGGAGGCAGAGCCAGGCGGAUCUCUUUGAGUUCGAAGCCAGCCUGGUCUACAGAGCAAGAUCCAGGACAGGCACCAAAACUGCACAGAGAAACCCUGUCUCAAAAAAAACAAAACAAAACAACAACAACAAAAAAAACAGAUCUAUAAUCUUCCCCACUCAGCAUCUCUCAAUGCUCUUCCUGCAGCCAGGGCUAUAUAGUAACCUAUCUCUCGUCUCUGUUAAUACGUGUGUGAACCCCUCAAGUACUGAAGUGCUGUCAAUUUUGAAUAUUUCAGGUUGGAAUCUCCUAGGGGAUAGGUAUUAUUGAUUGAACCCUGAAAAUAUUUCUGUUACAUAUUUACAUAUAUUUUGUUUGCCAUCUCUGUUGUUAGAGGUGAUUGUCAUUGGCCCUUCCUAAGUUAGCUGUGUCUUGUGAGUGAUUAUCACUAUCGGUUUCUCAGUAAAACAUGGAGCAUUUCAAGUCUGAAGGAACUGCAGUGUUGCACAGAGAUGUCUCUUGUUUUUUUCUAAGAGUAAGGAACUCAUUUGGAUAGAGGUUUUUAACAUUAUAAAUUUUCUAUAAAAUUUCCCAGAGAAUAACAUGAUUUUGGGAUGUAAUAGUAUUUUUAAAUUAUUUGACAAUGUAAGUGGGUAUUUUCUAAAUUUUUCUGAAAACACUGCAUUUCUUUAAAACUUGACCUUCUAGAAUUAGAAAGAAAAAUGUCCAAAUUAGACAUCUUGCUGAAUUCAAGUUGAUUUAAAGGGUCAUGGCUCAAGUUUAACUUCAUUUUUCCUUAGGCAUAAGAAUUGUGAAGUGUUCCUGGUUGAUUAUAAGAGGAAACCAUGACUUAUAUAGCCAAAGAGUACAUUUGGUUCAGGUCAAAAUAGAAGAUUAAUAAUGGACAUUCAUUUUGCUAGUUUUGAAGAUGAAUGAAGAAAUGUUUCUGUCCUAUAGAUGUGUAUAUGGAAGUCUCUGUAAAGACUGAAAUACUCAGCUGUGGUGGUGAUUCCCUCCUGUAGAGUGGGAGAUGUGUGACUGGCACUAGGCAGCUCUCUGUACCCACUGUGGCCUGCUCUUCACCUGUUCCCAGAACUUCCCAGUUGUGGGAAGGUUUGGAUUUCUUGUCCUGUCUGCAUUUUUAGGCCUCUUAGCUAUUAGGAGCUGUCAGAUAUGUUCUGGCAGCUAAAUUCCCUCGCCUGAAGUAAUUUACCAUGUCUGCACUAUGUACCUACUGGGGGUGGGGGUGGGGGAUCUGACCUCAAGUGUGCUCUAAGCCCAGGUUUCCUGGUGUGGUGUCUUUUACCACGAAAUUAUGACAAAUUGCAAAUCCUGGUAUUGUGAGCUUAUUCUCUGUACAAAAAAAGAAGUUCUAUGCAGUGAGCUGUGGUAUAAUGGUCACAGAAUGUCAGCACUGCUAUCAUUCAGCACGUGUAACAUUUUUAAAUUUAUAAAUAUUAAAAUUUUAAACUUACA